AUGCGUCCAAAUAGGCGGAAAUGAGAAAAGAAGAAGAUUCGCGCUCCUCAUGAAUGAAAAGUCAUUAUUGACGAUGGAGGCUUAAGAACAACUUUCGCUCACCUUUGAAGUCGCUUUUGGGUCGAUUUCAUGCUCUCGGACGCUCUUCGUCGAUUAGACUCGUAUUCUGUUUAGUUUGUUCGCAACUCGCCAGGCUGAAGGAGCAAUAACGUUGCUGUUAGCUUGGGAAGCUACCCGUGACUUCCUUGAUUUCACUAUCCAAACAAGAACAUUUCAGCAAAUAUGUUCGACAGUUUAAGUCAGAUACCGGUGGAAAACCAGAUAUUUUAUGCGGUUUUGGGCUUUUCGUGGACGAUGUAUCUAUGGGAGGCCUACCUUGCAUAUAGACAGCGGAGGAUAUACAGAUCAACGACAAAUGUGCCACAAGAGCUCGGAAAGAUAAUCGAUUCAGAAACAUUUGAAAAAUCCCGACUCUAUCAGCUGGAUAAAAGUAACUUCAGCUUUUGGUCUGGUCUGUAUUCAGAAACGGAAGGAACGCUGGUCUUGCUCCUUGGUGGGAUUCCUUAUCUGUGGGACAUCGCUGGCGAAGAGAUAAAGUACUUUGGAUUCGGGCCGGAGUACGAGAUCACGCAGUCUCUUGUGUUUUUGACUCUCGCCACCCUGUUCACCGCUUUGACUGGCCUUCCCUGGAGUUUGUACAACACGUUUGUCAUUGAGGAGAAGCAUGGCUUCAACCAGCAGACGCUGGGGUUCUUCAUCAUAGAUGCCUUGAAGAAGUUUGCCGUGACUCAGUGUAUCCUGCUGCCCGUAACCUCGCUGCUACUCUACAUCAUCAAAAUUGGAGGGGACUAUUUCUUCAUCUACGCCUGGCUCUUCACCCUGGCUGUUUCCCUGAUCCUCGUGACCAUCUACGCUGACUACAUCGCUCCCUUGUUUGAUAAAUUCACUCCUUUGCCAGACGGAGAGCUGAAAACUGAAAUUGAAGCCAUGGCCAGCAGUAUAAGUUUCCCACUCACAAAAGUUUACGUCGUUGAAGGUUCCAAACGGUCUUCACACAGCAACGCGUACUUCUACGGCUUUUUCAAGAACAAACGUAUCGUGCUGUUUGACACGCUGCUGGAGGACUAUUCCCCACUAAACAAGGGGGAAGAGGCAAAGCCCGUCCAACCUGAAAAUGACGGCGAUCAAGGCGACUCAAAAUCCAAGCCAAAGCACAAGAAACAAGGAUGCAACAACCAAGAGAUCCUUGCUGUUUUGGGUCACGAGCUGGGUCACUGGAAGCUUGGUCAUACUGUCAAAAACAUUGUCAUCAGUCAGAUGAAUUCCUUUCUUUGUUUCUUUCUAUUUGCUGCCCUCAUCGGACGGAAGGAGUUGUUUGUCGCAUUUGGAUUCAACGACAGCCAGCCCACCCUAAUUGGCUUGAUGAUUAUCUUCCAGUUCAUCUUUUCUCCAUAUAAUGAGCUUCUAUCCUUCUGCCUGACUGUCCUCAGCCGCAGGUUCGAGUUUCAAGCGGACGCUUUUGCACGCAACAUGGGCAAAGCCUCUGAGCUCUACUCCUCUCUCAUCAAGUUGAACAAGGACAACCUGGGCUUCCCCGUGGCCGACUGGUUGUACUCCAUGUGGCACUACUCGCACCCGCCCCUGCUAGAGCGUCUCAGAGCACUCGGCAGUGUCAAGCAGGACUGACUGGUUAGGAAGCAGGAGCGGCAGGCGCCGCCUCCUCCUAAAGGCCACCGGAGAUCCGUCCUGGCCCUCUGACGCUUCCCCUCAUCUUAUUUUAUCUUGUUUUAGAAAAUUCAUUUAAUGGUUUGGUUUUUUGUUUCUUUUAUAAUGGUAAAACAUAUCAGCACAAGGCAGCCUAAAGGGUACUGAGGUGUCAAGAGCGAACAUACCGAGAACCCAAGUGGGCAAUGUGUGUUAGAUUGAAUGUUUUGUUUACAUGUCUCCUAUUUCUAAUGAAAACCCAACCCACAUCAACUGAGAAAGUGUAGAUGGUAAUACAAAAUGAAAUUCAAUGUGGCAAAUGACGCGGAAUCCAGCUUCAUUGACGCACAGGCCAGGUUAUUCAUGUUCUCGCAUUUGUUGCUACUUUUUGAGUCAGUCAAGAAUGUUGGUUAUACAAACCACUUCAGUUGCCAGUUUCUAAUGAGGGGCCGUGCUGUAUGUUAUAAAAAAUGUGCCUCCCAAUUGUCUUUGUUCUGAUACUUGACCCUGUUGGAGACACAGCAACGCAUUUUUAUUUGCAAGUGAAUUUGGCUUGUGGUUUUUUAAAUUUUCUUUGGGGGAGUGUACUCGUGCACCUGUUUGCUGACUGGGGUCCAAUGUACCUAGCACAUAUGUAAUUGAGGAAUAGUGUAUAGAAAUGAAUUCUGGGAUGAACAAAAAAACUGAAUAUUCUGUGGAUUUUUUUAAGUUUGAGAUUUAUCUUGAUUUUGGGCAGUCUGGGAUGAGCCCAGAGUUGCCUGGUGAUGUGCUAAUAAGGGACUUUGUGCUCUGUGAGGAUCCUUGUUAAGACAAAUACUUUCUUUGCUGAAUAAAAUUAUUCCAAGCCUUG